GCAGAAGUUUGUCCGCGCUGGCUUCCCAUCCCUGUGGACGCUUCGUGCCAUUGUCUCGUUGUCAAAAACAGUCUGCCUGUUCGGAAACUUAGCUGGGUAAUUAUAGUUCAGGCUUUUUUCAAAAACUGCCAAAUUUCGCAGAAACUGCUCAAGAAAUUAGACUUUUUCUAGUGGCCCUCGUAUGCAACAAGUAGUUGAACAUAAAAAGAGCGUUUGUAGAGGAGUGAAGAGGUGUUGCUGAAUGGCAUGAGUUGUUGAGCAGUGUCAGUAGUCAUGGCCGAGCUGGAGGUGGAUCAGUCCAACCUGCCCAGAAUCCAGGAGGUGUGCCAGUGUUUUGCUGUACUGGAAGAUGGAGCUCUAGCUCAUAACCUGCAGGAACAGGAAAUUGAGCAGUAUUACACCUCAAAUGUGCAGAGGAGUCAGCUGGUGCAGAGGGACAUCAGAGUAGCCAAGAGACUCCAGGAUGAGGAGGUGCAGACAGCUCAGAUGCUUCAGCAACAGGCCCCUCGCCAGCUGGAGGAACGGGAUUCGCAAUACGCACAAAUGAUUCAGGAGGAGAUCCAGCGGCGUGCGGAGGAGGCUCUAAGAAGGGAGGUGGAGGACGAGGAAAUUGCAAGAAGGAUACAGGAAGAGGAAGAGCUUUGUGAGAGACACAGGAGCAGAUACCAAAAUAAGGAUGGUAAAGAAUCCAAAAGCAUUCCUGCUCGUCCAUACUCACCCCAGCCUGUUCACGCUCCUCACAACCGGUCUCCAACUAGAAGAUGGCAGCUCUCCUCCUCACCCACCUACUCGGACUCUGAGGAGGACCUGAUUGAGUACAGUAGGCCUACAGUAAUACGGCAGGACAGCAAACCCGCUGUAGGGCAGAGGAAGCUGGUCAGCAGACCUUCCAGAACACAUUUAGAGCAGGACGACAGGAGCUUUACCAGCCAGAGCAGCAGCAGCAGAUCUUCACGCCUGUCGGGUGGAUGGGGUGAUGUCAUCAAGCUCAUAAAGAACGAUAUGAGCGAGCAAGGCUACCUCAGCCACAGCUCUGAGGAUGAUCUCUUUGAACCCGUCUAUAAACUUGAGAAAAUACUGCGACAGAAGCAGCAGGUCUCUAGAAAGAGGCUGAGUCGACACAGCAGUGUGAGGGAGGAUCGUAGCAGAACGGGCCAGGGAGAUGAUUGCGGACGUAGGGAGAGUUUUAGGGAGAGACAUGUUCAUUUCCCGGAUGAACGGAGGAGUAACAGUUUUACGACUAAUGAAAAUGGUUACAGUGACGCUACGGAAAGAGAUCCGUGUUCAACAGGGAUAUUAAGGGAUGAUCACACACACCUCAGAGAAACUCAAGGUCUCCAGACUCCAGCUCAAGGGUUUCAACGGAACAUUUCAAUGAGACGUAGCUACCAUGGUAACGUCAGGCGGACAUCGGUGCGUGAGGGAAGGAGAACGUGCAGCGCAGAUGAUUCUAACUUGGCUAGAGCAAGACUCUCAAAUAGAGCACCCCAGUUGAGGGAGGUGGAAGUGGAGGAUCGUUUGAGGGAGGUGGUGAGAGUCAGAAACACACGGCAGAGAGCUCGAUCAUUAGCCGAGGAUGAAAGGAGGUUAGACAUGGACCACAGGCAUGGAGAGCGUAGAGUGAGGCGAAGUCAAAGCGAGCGCUGGCAGACCUUUGAGGAAGAAAGAUCGAGCAGAGAGGAGAUGGAGAGGGAGAGACGGAUGCAGAGACACCAGUCUUCCGGAGCAGGAUCUGCUUUUAGGAGUGGAAUGGCUGCUCUUAACUUGGGAGAGCUGGAGCAAGUGCUGGAGGAUGAGGAGCUGGCCCGCAGGCUUCAGGAAGAGGAGGAGAGAUUGGUCGAAGAGACUCGGCCUGGUUCCUCUCCUCUUAGAAGGGACUGUCCUGUUGGAGACUUCAGAGCGGCACAGGUUGCUCAAGAUGAGGAAAUUGCACGUUUCAUGCAGAAACAGGAGAUAAAGGCUAAAAGGCGAUCUCGUGAGCUGGAGUCUUUUGGACCUGGGUGGGAAUACAGGGAGAAUGACAGGAGAACAGUGUGUGACAGACAGAGGCGGAGAUUGGAUUCCGAAGGUCUUCAAUCCCCAGUUGAUGACCUCAUCCCUGGUCACAAUUCCAUGACCAUGCAAGCGCAAGCCAUCAGGAAUAUUGCAGAAGAGCUGGACCCCACCUUUCAAAGGAAGGAUGCAGCUGAAGCAGGACAAAUGAAUGGUCCCUGUCUAAAUCAAACUUCACAAGUAGGCUUGUACAAUCCCUUGGAAGAACCUACAUUUGUGCCACCCACAAAACGACAGGGUGACAAACCGGGACAAGCAAAGCCCAAGGAGAAAAAAGAAAAUUCCAAACAGAAAGACAACUGCAAGCAGCAGUGAUGCUGGACAAAUGAACUGCAAUAAUGAAUUCAUGACCAUUAAAGAUAUGCAUUCAUGUCCUGACAGGCUUGGGCUUUCCAGUCUUCUGCUUUCUCGAAGGCUUGUGGAAUACUUUUUUUUCAACCAACAAAUCAACUUGCAAAAUGGGGACACUCCAUCCAGAUAAUGCUGCUAUUACUAGUGAACAUCUGUCUAGGUCAUGUCAUGCUUUUUUGGUUUAACUGUUUCAUUUUUGUUUAGCAGCUGGUUAUACAGUAGGCUGGUGUGUCACCACAGUGGGAAAGCUCCCUCUAAUAGUACCUGGCAUUAGACAUGACUUCUGGGAAAACCAGAAUGUUUUGAUAAAGGAUGUUGACACAUGGUUGAGUUAAGCUCUGGAGUUUUCUGUAUUAAUGGGAAUCUAUGAAGAUAUCCAGGUGGGCAUUUUUUUAGAAUUACUUGGACCUUUUUUUUUUUUUCUUCUUUAUUCCAGGAACUACACCAGUCUAAAUUUGCCCAAAGUGUUAUUUUCAUUUCCAUUUGUCUCCCUCAUGUAUGAAUGUCUCUUAUUGUAAGAAGUUACAAUUUGCAAAAACAAAUCAUGCAUUCAGAUUGUAAAAAUGAAAUGUUUACUAAUCUUAAUAAUAUUCAGUGGUUUACAAGACUUUUCCGGCUUUGUAGUGUACAUCAGCAUAGUCUAUAGUCUAAGGCUGGAGGAAAUGUAACACAACAUUUUUGUUCUAUUUUUGUACUGAUGCUGAGUGUCACUAUUAUACGUUUCCAAUGUAUUCAGUACAACAAUGUUACAUUUGAUAUGAAUCUGUAUGCCCUCUUCAAUGAUUAUAUAAUGUUUCGAAAAUGCUUUGUACAGAAGACAGAUACAAUUAUAAUAUCAAUAUCGUUCUGGAUGUCAGAAAGAUCUCAAUAAACAAGUUUUACACUUACA